UAGAGGAGGACCAGACCCAGCGGGGCGGAUCCCCAGAGUCCCUCCCCAGGGCCCACACUCUGGGAAGAAGCUGGUCCUAGGGUGUGCCAAUAGCAGGGACAGCUCCAGGUCACCUCUCAGUUGGGGACAGGGUGACCCAGCUUCUGGGUCCUCAAGGACAGAGAGGGAGAAUUCUGAGUGGUCAUGGGAGAGAACCAAGACCUUCUAGCCAUGACCUGGAAGCUGCCCGGAUGGCCGAAGGAAGGAGGAAAGCGCUCUUCUCAGCCCAGUGGACCUGAGCUUCUCUUGAUUAGAAUCAGCUCCUUGGCUUCUACCUCCCUGGAAAGAGCUCAAGGUCUCAGAAGGAUCAGUAGUUGGCAUCUGAAAAUAUAUGACACAGACAGUCGAAAGAAGUACAGGAUGGGUCUCUUGGAAUGGACACUGUGUGAAGAUACUCAUAUCCCACAUCACUGAACAGCAUUUGAAUACUCUCUGCAAAAGAGGUCUCAAUAAUCAAGUGGACAAAAUGACACACUGCACAAUGUCAGUCGACCUCGUUCCUAGCCAUGCCAGUGUUUGCCCAAUGGGCACAUGAACGAAGGGACUGUGGUUGCAGGCAUGGGGAUUGGGCAUGAGCUGGUGGACAUGAUCCUCCUCUUACCAAGGCUGAGCUGGAUGCUGCUGCCACCUAGUGGCUAAUCUGCCAACAGCAGAGAACAAGAGGGAGCCCCAGCACCAUUCCUUGGGGGACCAGCUAGCCACCUAGUGGCAGGUUGAUUCCAUUGCACCUCUUCCAUCAGAAGGGGUACAAAUUCUGGAUACAGAUUUGUUUUCGCUGCUAUAAUGCUUCUUCCCUCACCAACAUCCCCAGACUCUUGGGAUGUCUUAGCCACCAUCAUGGUAUUCCCCACAGCACUGCAUCUAAUCGAGGAACUUAUUCUACGGCCAAAGAAGUGCAACAUGGAUUAACUGGUCUUAGCAUACACAUCAUUGCCCAGAAGCAACUGACCUAGUUAAAAGCAGAGUGGCUUACUGAAGACUCUGUUAUGGCACAAGUUGAGAGAUGAAACCCUGAAAUAGAAAUGUAGUUCUGCCUUGCAGGAUGCAAUUUAUGCUUUGAAUCAAAGAUCAUGAAAUGGUACAAUCUCUCCCAGAGACAUAAUACUUGAGUCUGGAAAUCAGGAGAUAGAAGUAGGAAUUGCUUCUUUCAUAGUUAGUCCUCAUAAUUCACUCAAAGAAUGCUUGCUUUCGUCCUGGCAGCUUUGAGAUCUUCCACUUUGGAGAUCUUCAUUCCAAAAAAGAUAAUGCUUCCAGCAGGGGGCGCUGCAGUGGUGCCACUGAGUUGAAACCAACAGGCAGAAAAAGAGGCUGCUCUUCUGGUGGGACUGAUUGAUCCUGAAUACUAAGGGGAAAUUGGGCAGCAGCUACACCAGGGACAAGAGGACUUUGUCCAGAACCUAGGACACUAAGCAUCUUAGGACUUCUUAGCACUCAGAGCCUUAAAGAACAAAGGCUUAGGUCCACCACCAGGUAAAGAGACCCGAGACCAGCUGAGGUUCUAGCUGAGGACAAGAGAAAUAUUGAAUCGAUAGAGGAAGAAAGAUGUCAUGGACAUUAACUAUGACCUCAUGACUAGGGUUACCACAUUUAGCAAAUAGAAAUACAAAUGGCCAUUUAAACAUGAAUAUCAGAUAAACAACAAGUAAUUUUUUAGUAUAAUUACGUCACAUAAAAUAUUUGGGACAUAUUUAUACUUUAAAAAAAAACAUUCAUUGCUUGAGUUCCCUGUAUUUUAUCUCAACCCUAUUCAUGACCAAUACACAAAGGAGAACUGCAGUAACUUUUCAUCUUUUUUCUUUCCUUGUUAUAUGUAUAUAUGUAUUUGUAUCUAUUACCCACGAUCUCUUUUCUUCUCAGUAUUACUUUGUAUAUAAGUUGUUGGUGGUUAACAGAAUAUUUGGUGCAACUGUGACUGAAUUUGAGGAGAAAUCAAUAUGGUUAGCUGUGUUCACAAUGACUCGUGAGAACAUGUCUCCUCAUUUGAGGGAGAGGAUGAGAUUUUUGUAGAAAGGAUUGCAGUUUCUUAGAUAAAAAGUUUUGCCGGCUGGUGCACUGCUAGGCUUUGCCAAUAGAGGGUGCUAGAGGGACACUGCAAGGCAACGGCAGCAAGAAGGCACCUUGCUCAUUUUCCAGCUUUCCAACACAACACACAGUAGGGUGGGUUCUUUUCCAGUUUUGCCACAAGUUCAAUACACUACUCAAGCCUCAGUUUCCCAGUCAGUGUCACUGAACGGUCACUAUGUCCAAUGGUGUGCUGGUAAAUGUUGAACAACCAACCUGGAAGCUGGUGGGGGGAGCCUUCACUUGUAGCAUUUGCCAUUUUCAUGCCCAUGAUGUCAAUCUUCCCACCGAGGCCAAUUUAAAGCUACGAAGGUGCAUGACUGAACACAGAGUCAAGAAGGGACAAGUUCAGGAUCAGCUCUUCUGUGAGCUGAUGCAGCCGGCUGCACACACCACACACUGCUUGCAGCUGCCCAGUUCCUCACCUUCCUGUGCUGCUGUAUGGGUAGACAGCGUCAUCUAGUGGCAAAGCUGAGCAACUCUCAGUCCACCUGGAGAAGCACCUACAACGUGGGGAAAAAAGUACAAAACCCACACCCUUCGACCCCCACCUCCCCAAGGUUUCUCUCCUCUCUCUUGUUCAGUCCCAGCGUUCAUCAUCUCCAAGAAAGACUUAAAGCCUGAGGAGACUCCCACAAAGGAGCCCCUGCUGGUCACCCCCCAUGUUGGGGAGGGGGUAGGGCUGUUCCUGGGAUAGAGGAGAAAGUGACCUUGUAAGGCAGUAAAUAGCCACUUCCUGAACAGGCCACCCCUGCAGACCUCCAGCCUAUCCCCGAAAGAAUUACCAGAACAGUGCCUCAGUCUGAGGCAGUGACACAGCACCCCUAGACAGGGGUCGGUCGGCCAGCAUACCCAGAAACACCUGUUCCUGACGAGUGUUUCUCCUGGGACCUGGAGUCUGGCCCGAACCCCUGGGCUUUUCUUUGAUCCAAGACUUUCCUCUGAUUUUACGUAUAAUCCUUGCCCCCCAGAUCUCAGAGCCCUGUAUCCCCACCUAUGGUAGGGUGAGUGGAGAGGUGAGGGCAGCCCCUGUAACAGCAAAGUCACGACACUUAGCCCCUGGCUUCCCAAGUCCCCAGCAGAUUGCUGACCACCAUAGUUUUAUAUUUACAUCUCUUCCAUUGUGUGUUCCUCCAGAAAGCAUCUGCUUAGCCCGGCACUCCAUUUUCCAGAUCCCUGUAAGGGUAACAGGGGGGAAAGAUCAUUAAUCAAACAUAGAUCCCAUCUGCCACUUGCACAGACCAGCUCCUGCUGUAUACUCAAGCAGCUGUCUCCCUGCCCUGGGAGCUGCUCCUGCAGACCUCGCCAGCCCCCCACCCCCGCCUGCAGUGCAGGCCGCUGCUACGGACCAGCUCUGGCCCAUGCCCCAUACAGAUGCACUUCUUUGCCCGACAGGCUGUCUAAAGAGCUCUGGGGCAGGGUGAGUGAGAAAGAUCAUUCAUUCAAACAUCGAUCUUCUGGUACAGGUAGAAACCAACUUCCAUUCACUGAAGGGAGAAAUCUACGUAGUAGACAAGGCUGGUCAUUUUGGGGUGGUCUUUAAUGAGGACUGGUGGGAAGCUGUCCAAUACUUUGCAUCUGCUGCUCUCAAAGUUUCCAGGCUCACCCCUCCGCUUCGUUCCAUGGCCUCUGGGCUCUAACGGGUGAGGCCCCCAGCACUGAUCCUGCAGAGGGCAGCUGGCCACCUGCCACAGGGAGCAGAACACCAGUGUGGUGGCCGCACCACCCAACCGUGGGUCCUCCCGAUCCAAACUGGGGUUAACCCAGAGGGACUAGAUGAGCCAUGAGGACACAGUCAGCUUUCUUUGAGGUGGCCAUUGUGGGGAGGGGCAAGAACUGGACGGAGAUGCUCUGCCACUCCCCAAGGGGUCACGUGGUGGGCAAGGUCCUCGAAGACUGUUGAGGUCUAAUCCCAGCACAGCGAUGUUAGAGGAGCCUGCCCGGCAGUGCACGGGAGAACCAAGAACAUCUGAGGGACCGAGAGGCUGCAAUGGCACAAGAUCAAACACACACACUCUUUCAAACACUGUGGGCCUCACUCUAGUGACGAGGGGUGAGCCACUCAUGUAGGCAAGAGCAGGCACGGGCUGCGCUGCCUGGUAACCAAUUUUCCUUUGCCUCUGCCCCUUCCCAAGGCUUCACGUGGAAAGAGUGAGGUUGUACACACAGCUCUCCCUCUUCAAAAAGUGUUCUGUCCCCCCUGUUUCCUGGAUGGAGGAAGUCAGCCUGUCAGCUUUCCACGUUCUUAACAAAGUCUUAGGGAGCGAACAAAACUUCCGGCUUCAGGGACGGCCUCAGACAGGAUGGCCCCCAUGUCAUGUUUUCUCAAAAUGGAUCAGCCCGUCUGUUUUAGGGCUUUUCAUAGGGGAUGUCUCGUGGAAGGUGGGACCGGUGGCAGCCUACAGGAAUUAAAUCCAACAUUCCAAGACAAGCCACUGCCAAGGAGGUUGGGUUCUGGUUUUUCUGAAUGAUCCUUCCCAGGAAAGGUAAGGAGCUGGUCUCUGGGCAGCAGCCAGUCAAGCCAAGUGGCGCACAGGACAUGGCUCACAAGCACAAGGUCAUGGCUUCUGACUUGUCACACGGACAAUAGGCCUCUCAGCCUUGGGUCACAGAUUCGGGCAGCAAUCCCUGAAAACCAAGGGGAGGCUGGGUGGUGGUGUAACAGGGUGCGGCCAAGAGGGGGCCCCCAAAUGGGGAUUUGGAAUGGGGUCCAGAACUCAAGGUGUCCAGGAAAUAUUAGAAAACAAUAUAUAUAGGAUGUCCUCACCCCCACAAGUCUGAGCUGGAGGAUGGGACACAUGGAGCAGGGCCAUUGAGAGCUGUUUUGUACAACAGCUUUGCAGCUAACCUCUGGCAUGGUCUUUAAUAUACCUAUAACCUUUAACUGAUUUCCUGGAUAUGUUAAAUCGCUGUGGCCAUGCUUUGAGCCAGGGGGAUGGGAGUGACUUCCACCUAAGAUGUAACUGGGGGGAAGCUCUCCCUGGUUACAGAGCCUGUGUGAGAGCCUGGAGAUGAUUGGCUCCAGGACAUGGGGCCACACCUGCCCAGACUCACUGUGGCAGCCCAGUAAAGCUGGAAGAAUACGAGAAUGCUGGCAGGUGUAACCAAGUGUAGGAGGAGUAGGAAAUGGGGAUGCAAAGGAAGAUUGGUGCUGAGAUUUAAACCCAGACGUGGCAGCCAUUGGAAAGAGAACCACUCGGCUUUGGUAGAGUGGGGACCCUGCAGCUUUGGCGAGAGUGAGGACCACGUGGCUUUGGGGUGCUCCCCUUUGCCAUGUGGCUUAGGAAGCAGGAGAGACUUUGCCUGGAAGAAAAGGGGUGAAAGGACUCUUGCUGGUGGGCCAUGAGAAAGUGCCACAUGGCUUUGGAUUAACUGGAGAUCCUAGCAGUGACACAGCUGAUGGUGCCAGGAGCCUGAAUCAUGGACUUCUGCUUCUUUUCCUGAGAUACGGUACUCCAGAUUAAAGCAGAGGCAGAAGGAAUGACUGUGUGCAUCUGUCCCGAAAUGGCUCGUAAAGUCAGUUACGGAUCCCACCUGGGCAGCCUCCCACUAGCCCCAGCCUGGACCCGCACGUAGUCUGGGAUGAAGCGACCGUGCCAACAAAGCCAGGGCGUUGUGCCUGGACUGGCAGUGAAAACUUGCGGCACACAGCACAACCCCGAAGGAGCAAGGAACUCGCUGCUCCCGGCAACGCAUUGCCACUGCUGCCCGGGAACUCCCAGGCUACCUUGCGGCCGUUCCCAGGAUGCCCUGCAGCCCUCAGAGCCGAAGCCGGAAGUCAAAGUCAAAGCCGUUGCGGCCUCCAGCGGAGCCAGCCCUGCCCUGCCCGGUCAGCCUGGACACCCAGCCAUGUACUUUCCCUGGUCUGGCAUCGCCUCUAACUGGAGUGCUGUGGACUCCGGUGUCAACAACGCUGUAGACAUCGUGGUGAUGGUUUUGUACUUCCUGUUGGUCCUGGGCAUCGGAAUGUGGGCAAUUAUAUCGAGCAGCCGUGGAACAGUAGAAGACUUCUUCCUGGCUGGCCGGAAUCUAGCGUGGUGGCUGGCAGGUGCGUCCCUCUUUGCCUCCAAUACCGGCACCGCCCACUUCAUGGGCCUGGCUGGGACAGCAGCGACGUCGGGGGUCGCCAUCGGGGCCUUCGAGUGGAAUGCUCCAUUUCUGCUCUGUGUUCUUGGUUGGAUAUUUUCUCCUAUUUACAUUAAGGCUGGGGUGGUGACAAUGCCGGAAUAUUUGAGGAAGAGGUUUGGUGGCUGCCGGAUCCAGAUCCUCCUCGCCACUCUGUACUUACUCCUCUAUGUCUUCCACAAGAUCUCAGUGGAGAUCUGCACUGGGGCCAUGUUCAUGAGGCUGGUCCUGGGCUUGGAUAUUUACCUGAUCACCAUAGUCCUGCUGACAAUUACUGGUAUUUAUACCAUCACAGGUGGUUUCGCAGCUGUGGUGUAUACUGAUACCGUACACGCUGGCGUUAUAUUUCUGGGAUCAGUCUUGCUGAUGGGCUUUGCCUUUAAGGAAGUGGGAGGAUACCAGGAGCUACUGCAUAAAUAUUUAAAUGCGAAGCCAAGCAUAACUCAGGAAGGAAACUGGACCGCCAAGCCAGAGUGCUACCUCCCUCGCCCGGACUCUUUCCACAUCUUCCGAGACCCCAUCACUGGAGACAUCCCCUGGCCUGGCGUCGUCUUCGGCCUCCCCAUCCUCUCCUUCUACUACUGGUGCACCGACCAGAUUUUUGUUCAACGGUGCCUGGCAGGGAAGAACAUGUCUCACGUGAAGAGCAGCUGUAUCCUGUGUGGGUACCUGAAGCUGCUGCCCAUGUUCACUGUUGUGAUGCCCGGGAUGAUCAGCCGCAUCCUGUACACAGACAAAGUGGCAUGCAUCACACCUUCUGAGUGUGAAAAGCACUGUGGCGCCAGAACCACUUGCAGCCCCAUCGCCUACCCAGCGCUGAUCGUAGGGCUGCUGCCCAAAGGUGCACGAGGCUUGAUGCUGUCCACACUAUGGGCCUCUCUCAUGUCCUCCCUGACUUCUAUCUUCAACAGUGCCAGCGCUCUGUUCACACUGGACAUCUAUACCCAGAUACGGCCUAUGGCCACAGAGAAGGAGCUCAUGGUAACAGGAAGGUUUUUCGUAAUCAUCUUACUUGCUCUCACCACCAUCUGGGUGCACGUUGCUCAGACAGCACACAGCGAAUGGCUGUUCGACUACAUGCAGGCCGUGAUGAGUUACCUGGUGCCACCCAUUGCCGCCGUCUUCCUGCUUGCCGUAUUUUGCAAGCGAGUCACUGAGCAGGGUGCCUUCUGGGGGCUGAUUGGUGGACUCCUGACUGGCCUCGUUCGAAUGGUGUCCGAGUUUGUCCAGGGACCCCAGACCUGCUCCGUAAGCAGCAAGUGCCCCCCGAUCAUCUGCAAGGUGCACUACCUCUACUUCGCCACACUGCUCUUCCUAGUCAGCCUCUUCACCAUGCUGGGGGUCUCCUUAUUCACAGACCCCAUCCCCGACAAACACCUCCACCGGCUCUGUUGGAGUUUACGAAAUAGCCGAGAGGAAAGGGUAGAUCUGGAUGCAGAAGUACAAGCAAAGAGACACGCACUACGAACACGGCCAGAUGCAUCCACGGGGUCCCGGCCCUGCCUGUGGAAGGCUUUGGAUGUGUUCUGUGGCCUGGAGCCAAAGCCAGGCCCCAAACUGGCUCCAGAAGAGGCAGCCACGGAGAAGGUGAAGAAGCAGGGUGCCCUGUCUGAAGAGCCCAAGCUCGGCCACACAUGGGAAGGGGCGAAGUGCCACGACACACUGGAAUCCCCAUUCUGGAGAAGAGUCACCAACGUCAGCGGGUUGCUCUUGAUACUGGUCACAGUCCUGUGCCACAUCCUCUACCACUGAAGCCACUGGGGCUCAGGGCCGUCUGGGAAGAGCAGGCAGACCACUGCCUCUUCCAGACUCACUCACCUUUGAGGGGAGGAAGUAUUUCCCACCGGGAGACCCACGGUGUGGGACCAAGGACCACACUAGUGAAAACGCUCCCUCAUUGUCCCUCACCAAGUGCCACCAGCUGCAGGGCAGGUGUGCUGAGGGGCAGAGUGAAGUCGUUCCGGUUGCAGAGACUAUGCAAAUGAGAACAUCUGUUCCUUUACAGAAUGAGUCAUUUUCCCCAAACCACUCUACUGCAUAAACACUGACUUUCACUUUAAAUUGAAUUUUGGCUUUUUAUCUCUGGAUGUACUGGGGAUUUUCACUUGUGUUUACUGUCACCAUUUCUUUGUUACCCGACCUUCAUGUGCCGUGUCCCCUCCUCCUUUUUCAGUGUGUGCCCCUGCUGGCAAAGGUGCCAUGUAGGGUAAGUUCCACCCCCAUGCUGGGCUUCCUGCCCACAGGUGUUGGGCCCACCGACGGCCACACAGGCCAGCUGGAGCCAAAUCCACCUGUGGACGGAAACAUGGGCUCCUGUGGGCGAGGCGGUCUCUGCUUAGGGAACAGUCCCCACCCCCUCAGCACUGCCUGGCUGCUGCCCCACCAGCCUUGCCAAGCCCCUCCCAGGCCCUCCCAGUCUGCAAGCUAUUGGGAUGUUAUUGGGGGUUGGGUCCAAGGAUUAGUUUCCCCUUCACUGUCAAACACAGGCUACUCCUGGCCAGUGUUUCUACAGGUCCCCUUCCUAAUUCUUUUUGGGCCAAAAUAAAUGAUUUGCAUCUUUAGGAAAAGUUUUGAGUGCCUUGAAGUAAUUUGGGAAGACCCACCAACAUCCCAAAAAAUCACACUGCAGAGGCACACUAACGUGCCCAGCUCCUCAUGCCUGAUUUAAUCCUUCGGCUGGGACUGUUGAGUAGCUAUUAUGUGCCAGACACUGCAAGGAACAGCUUUGAACAGAGCACAUGGCCUAUGAGGGAAAGAAAAUGAAAUACCAGCGGAGCUUAGGUUCCCAAAGCCGGCAAGGUCUGUGGGUCAGCCCCUCCCCACCUGAGUGACUGCCCACAUUUUGACUGCUGUUUUCCUUCCUGCUGGGCCAAGGACAUUACCACGUUCAAGCCACAGAACCACCCUUGUGGAAGGAGUCGAAUUAACCACAUUUCACAGGGGAGGAGACGGAGGCUCGGCAGGGGUUCUGAUAAACACAGAGUGUGCCUGAGGCCUGAGCAGCCCUGUCUGACACUGAGCCGACUUGGGCCCUCCACGCACACACCAUGGGCACUGCAGGAGUGCCCAGCAGGGAGCCCCACCUGGCCUCGGGGGUCAGGGAGAACCUCCUGUGACUGAAGAAGGAGGUCAGUUAGCUGGACAACAGAUGGGACAACCCGUGGGAAGACACAAGGCAAGAGUUCCAGGCAUGUUCGAGGCCGCCGAGACAUGGCCUGUGCAGAGGAACAAACAGUGAGAGAUGAGAGGACGAGGUGAGCAGGGGCCUGACCUGCAGGCUUAUGUGCUUUGGAUUCCUACGUCCUUGGGAUUCUAAAGUCCCUCCCUCUGGAGAAGUUACUGGGUCAGAAUUGCUGGCUGCUGCAGAAAGAUGAAAAGGGGCCCUUCUGCAGGACACCCCGCAGAAGGCUGUUAGAGCAUGGGAGCAAAUUAGUGGCAGAAAAGUGAAAAGGGCAUGGCAUCAAGAGAAGCGUCCCUUAGAAGUAGCAGGACUUUGGUGACUGGACUUCUGGAGAGAAGGGCUGGGGGUGACUCUCUGGCCUGACCACACAGCAAGGCCUCCACCGAAGACCAGCCACACUGGAAAAAGAGCGGGUGUGGGGAAGGUCAAGCACUGUUUGGGACACACUGAGUUUGAGUUCCAUGAAGAUUCUAAAAAGACACCAUCAAAUGCCCAUUUCUGCCUCUAUUAAGAUGAUCGUGUGGUUUCUGUCCUUUAUUCAGUUUAUGUUACAUUGAUUCAUUUCCUGGGAUAAAUCCCGGUU